UAAGUCUCAUAAAAAAACUGCAAAUCUUCACGUGGCUUCUCUUUUGUUUCAUCACAUGUUCUCUCCUUUCUUCGCCUCUUUAUGCAAAUUUAAUCCUUUCUCUUUUCGGCACCCCUAAACCUUAUUUCUUUACUACAUACAUUUCCAUUAUUCACCUACACAACUUUAUCAUGGACAAGAACAAGAACAAGAAGAUUGUUUCCACUUCAUCGUCGUCCUCAGCUUCUUCGUCUUUCGAUCAUAUAUUUGGUCCAAGAGUCUCUGCUUCGUCUUCUUCAACGGCCAGUACUGGAUUGUUCAAGUCCAUCUUCCCACCACCCUCUGCAGAUCAGUUGGGGAGGCAAGCGGACUUUGCAAGUCAAGGUGGUCAUGUGAAGUUUCAUUCUCCAAAUGAGAGAGGAGAAAGAAGCAACAAAAAGGAGAAAAAGAGUUACUAUAAUGAGGAAACAGAACCACCAUGCCACUUGAGCUCAUCCCUUUACUAUGGAGGCCAAGAGAAAUAUUCCUCCGCAACGACUACCACCCAAGAUACUUACAAAAAAGAUGGAGAUGAAGGCGAUUCCAUAAGCGCAUCAAGAGGAAACUGGUGGGAAGGGUCGCUUUAUUACUAGCAAUCCUGAUUUACAAGCACCUGUUAAUUGUUAAGGAAAGUAAGAGACAACAUGCAUGGUCGUCCUAUCAUAAUAUGAAAUUUGAAGGGUCGCUCUAAUAAAAAGAAAGUAAUAUCUAUAAAUUUUAUAAAGGUCCUUAUACAAAUCAGAAGAGUUUAGUCUAUGUUGUUUACAAGAAGAGGGGCUUGUUCUUCACAUGUUGAUUCAUUUUGUUUACGACAAAUGCAACAACACUAAGAGAAGUCUCGUCCUGAUGAAAUUGUUUGGCUCCUUUUUCGUCAAUUAAUGUUUGUCUAAUAGUGUGUGAAAGAAAGAAAAAAAAAUGUUUGUAUAAUAAUAGUGUCGUCUAUGUGCUUAAAAUGUAGUUGUUUAAUCUUUUGAUGCCAUAUGCUUUACGAUGCACUGAUGCCACAUGUAUAAUGAAUAAUGGAUACGAAUGUUUGCUUA